AAGAAUCCUAUUUACCAGGACAAAGGACGAUAAAUAGGAACCCUAUAAUUUAUUCUAUUAAAAUCAGAUCCAUGCUUUUUCAUUCAAACAGUCCUUAUUCCCUUUAAUAUCCAAAUCCAAACUUCCUUUGUUCAUAAAAGAAACUAUCUACAGGUUCAAGAUUUAAUACAAUCAUUUUCAGGUUCAGAAGUUGCGAUGGAUUCAAUGAGAGGGCAAGGAGGCAUUCAAAUGCUACUAACUGCUGAACAAGAAGCCCAACAAAUUGUUUAUGCUGCAAGAAAUGUUAAAACGACAAGAUUGAGGCAAGCAAAAGAAGAGGCUGAGAUGGAAGUGACAAAUUAUCGCUCCCAUCUCGAAGCUGAAUACAAGCAAAAACUAUCUGAGACCAGUGAAAAUUCAGACUCAACUGAAAAGAGGCUUGAGAUAGAAACAGAGGAAAAGAUUCAACAUCUGAAGAAAGCAGCCUCCCAAGUAUCUCCUGAUGUUAUUGCAAUGCUCACAAAGUACAUUACAACCAUUAAAACAUGAUUGAUGCAUGUUUUUGAAAUACUUUUCCUCAUAAUAUAUGUUUUUGAAAACAAUUUGGUAGCUUGAUAAGUCCAAAGUUAAUACUUGAAUAACAUGGUUAUUCAUGUAGCAUGUUUGGUUUGGAAAUAGGAAAAAAAAAGUUAUUCAUGUAUUGAUUCUGAUAUAAUGUUUGGUUGGUAGGUUUUCAAAUGUUGUGUAAAAAGUUAUUCAUUUAUUAUUUUUUUACAGCGUUUGAUUAUGUUUUUUUUGUAAUCCUAAAUAACUAUUACUUAUCUAA